AUGGAAGAAGAACAUGAAGAAGCCCCAAAGCAGCAAAAGGAAAAUGGGUUCUCAGUCUCAGCCAACAAACAAAGCAAGUUGAAGACCAAAUGCAAGUUCGUUGGGGUGAGACAGAGGCCAUCAGGGAAGUGGGUGGCAGAGAUCAAGGACACAACAAAGAAGAUAAGAAUGUGGCUGGGAACCUUUGAGACUGCUGAGGAAGCUGCUCGAGCUUAUGAUGAAGCUGCUUAUCUUCUUCGUGGCUCCAACACCCGAACCAACUUCUCCACUCACGUCCCUUCCAAUUCUCCACUCUCUUUGAAAAUCAGAAACCUCCUCAACCACAAGAAAAGUUUGAAUUUGAAGCAAAAACAAAGCCCUCCACCAACCCCCAACAGCAGCUUAAAAUCCACCCCUAUAGCUGCUACAACUACUAGAAUUAGUUCUAGCUCUAGCAUUUGUAGCAGCAAUAUUCAAGCGUUUAGUGACACUUCAUCAGCCAACUGCAAUGCUAAUUCUAGUUCUUCUCUGCCUUGCUACAAAAGCCAGGACAUUCAAGCGUUUGAUGAUGCAUAUAGACCAGACCUUAGCAACUGCAUUGGGGAGCUUCAACCGGCUAUGUUUCAUUUGGAUCAGUCAUGGCCGUUCCUAGCUGGGUUUGAUCAGCUUCCACUAACCCAUGAAGGGAUGGACUUAACAAAAGGCACUGGUAAUGUUGCAGCAGCAGAGGCAGAGGCAGAGGUGACGGAGUUUGAGCGCUUAAAGGUAGAGAGGCAGAUAUCAGCUUCGAUUUAUGCAAUGAAUGGAGGGAAUGAGUAUGUGGACAAUGAGUACGAUGGAAGUGAUGCUUUAUGGGAUCUUCCUACUCUCUCGCAGUUGUUCUGCCUUGGCUGA